AUGGUAUACGGUGUUUCAAAAAUGGCGAAUAAGAAUCGCAAGAACUUGAAGCCUGUUAAAAGUGAUAGGAAAGACCGUAUUUCAAAGAAUCAUUCAAAGAAGAAGGUUAAUAAGAAUAGCCUUAAGAAAGUAGCCACUACAGAUAUCACUGUUAAUGCUAAUGAGUUGAAUUGGAAGAGUGUUGAUAUUCCAGAUACUUUAGAUGAUUUCGGUGGUUUCUACGGAUUAGAAGAAAUCGAUGGUGUGGAUGUGAAAGUUGUCGACGGUAAAGUCCAGUUCAUCACGAAAGAUAACAAGAACGUUAAGAAAGAGCCGGAGCAAGUGGAGGAAAAGGAUAAUAUCGUUUUCCAAGAGGAUGAUGAAGAUGUCAACAUGGAUGAAUUAAUUGAAUUCAAGAAUUUUGACGAUAUCAAGGAGGGUGAGUUAAGUGCAGCUUCGGAUGAUGAAGAGAGCGAGUUCCAUGUGUCCACUGAAGAAGAAGGAGAAGAGGGAGAAGAAGCAGAAGAUCAAGAAGAAGAAAGAUCCGAGAAGGAAAAUGUUAAGGGGGAAGCAGGUACUGUUGUCACUGAAGAUCAAACAAAUGAUGACUUAUUACAGAGCAACGUAUUUUCCUCUAACGUCGAUAUCGAUGAUCAAGAGCCUCCAGUACUUCCUGAGUGGUCCGAAAAUAUGGAUCUCUCAUUCACAGUGCUGAAAGGACUCUCUGGGCUUGGCUUCACCAGGCCUACAGAAAUUCAAUUGAAAUCUAUUCCUUUAGCUCUGAAAGGACAUAAUAUCAUGGGUAAGGCUAGCACAGGUUCCGGUAAGACUUUAGCAUAUGGUAUUCCUAUCAUUGAACAAUUAAUUAAAGACACAUCAAAUGAUAGGUCUAUCGGCUUGAUAUUUACCCCAACUAGAGAAUUGGCCCAUCAAGUAACUGACCAUUUGCAAAAGGUUUGGACGAAAAUGAAUAAGCUUAACAAGUACACGAUUCUUUCACUAACAGGUGGUUUGUCGAUUCAGAAACAAGAACGUAUCUUAAAAUAUGAUGGUUCUGGUAGAAUCAUUGUGGCAACUCCUGGUAGAUUUUUGGAAUUAUUAGAAAGGAACCCAGAUCUGAUUCCUAGGUUUGCCAAAAUUGACACUUUAGUUCUUGAUGAGGCAGACAGACUACUACAAGACGGACAUUUCGAUGAAUUCGAGAAAAUUUUGAAGUUAUUAGGGAAAGCCCGAAAAAUUAAAACAAGUAUCGACGGAAAGCCAACUGGAAGUGGAUGGCAAACAAUGAUUUUCUCUGCCACAUUUUCAUUGGAUCUUUUCACGAAAUUAGAUAAAACUUCAUGGAAAAUCCUUAAAACAGCCGGUGGGGAGAACAAUGAAAUGGAACAAGUUUUAAAUCAUUUGAUGAAGAAAAUUCAAUUCAAAUCUAAGCCAGUUAUUAUCGAUACUAAUCCUGAACAUAAAGUUACAUCUCAGGUCAAAGAAUCCCUGAUAGAAUGUUUGCCAAUGGAGCGUGACUUAUAUGUCUACUACUUUAUCAUGAUGUAUCCUGGCACAACUUUAGUAUUUUGUAACGCUAUAGAUAGCGUCAAAAAGUUGAAUGCAUUUUUAAACAAUCUAAAGAUUUCGUCAUUCCAGAUCCAUUCAUCAAUGGCUCAAAAAAAUCGUCUUAGGAACCUUGAAAAGUUCAAAGAACAAUCAGAGAAAAAUAGCAAGGUAGGAAAACCAACAAUUUUAAUUGCUAGUGACGUCGCUGCUAGAGGAUUGGACAUCUCGGGUAUCAAACAUGUUUUACACUAUCACUUACCCCGCAGUGCUGACGUAUAUAUCCACAGAAGUGGAAGAACAGCCCGUGGUGAUAAUGAAGGUGUUUCUGUCAUGAUUUGUUCACCACAGGAAUCCAUGGGACCUUUAAGAAAGCUCAGAAAGGUGUUAUCUACCAAGAAGAGUAGUAACCCCAGGAAAACAAAAUGGCAGAAUGAUGUCCCAAUGUUACCACUUGAGCCUGACAUCGUUUCUCAGCUGAGAGAAAGAAGCAAGAUAGCGAGCGAACUUGCUGAUGAUGAGAUAGCAACGAAAUCACUACAUAAGGAUGAUAAUUGGUUAAAAAAGGCUGCUGAAGAAUUGGAUAUUGAAUUAGAUUCAGAAGAAGAGGAAAAGGACCAAUUUUUAGCUAGAAACAAAACCAAAAAGUUGAAUAAACAGUUGGAAAAGAAUGAAAAUAAGGCUCUAAAAUACCAGCUCAACGAGUUAUUAAAAAUGCCACUAAGAAAAGAUUUAAGAAAAAGCUAUCUAACAGGAGGUCUGACCAAUCUCGCUGACACUUUAGUCAAACAUAAAGGUCACAAUUCCAUUAUUGGACAUGAUAAAGUGGAUGCAUUGCAAACACUCAAGGGCAAGAAGCAUAAAUGA